AUUUAUGUCCGCUCCCGCACAUGGAACACUGAUUGCAGAGGGGUCAGCUGAACACGAGGUGCGAGGAUAUAUCCGCGUAACUGCGGCCGCGAAGAGGGGGACUUUGGAUGACAAGGAGUAUUUAGAGUAGAAAGCCGGGGGAUCAAAAAAAGUGAGUUGGUAUCAUAGCAAUGAAGUACCCGUAGUAAACUCGAAAUAUCGUAUUGCGUUUUGUGGAAAAAUACCUUUUCUUUACAAUAGAGCAUUAGAGUCCGGGGAUGGUGGUAAUGGCCAACCUUUUCUGGCGAUAACAUACCGUAAUGGGGCUGUGGGUUUCGGACUACCAGAUAUAGAACUGCCGUCUUCUCCAUCAGGUAUUAUCUCCAUAACUGGAGCUCAUUGUUUUAGCAAGUUGGCACGGCGAUCCAUACAACUAAUAAUAUUUGGAUUCCAUAUUAUGACAGUUAGGUGUGGGACACUGCGGGUUCGGAUUCAUUCCCACUGUAUUCGAACCCUUACCAACCUCACCAGGGCACAUGGGUAAAGAAGCAUAUUCUUCAUCAUGAUACGAAGAGCGUAUGAUUAAGAAAGGGAAGUUUCGCCGGACUUUCUAACCUCGCAGUACGAUUGGAAGAAAGGCGUAACACGUCCAACACCCCCAAUGAUAGAUAAUCAUCUGGUGCGCUUUUCGUAACAUUUGGGUGAGGGGUGGGUGGGAAGUGGGAGGGGGCUUGGUUAGUAGGCAGACCAAUUCUGCUACAUGCAUGGUCAUUUCGACCUUUUGACGGAAUGGUCAUCUGUAUGAUUCCGAUGUGCGGUGUGUAUUUUGUGAAGAGAAAAAAAAAGAUGAGAAAUAAAAUAUAGUGGAAGUGGGAUGAGAUGAAGUUCGGACGAAAACUGUGUUCCACGCUCAGAUGGUUUGUUCCGAAGAUUCCAGCCCUAAGAUGACGGUAUGGAACUUUCUGCCGACCCAUCAGGUUUCUUUGUUUCAUUCUCUUCCUGCUUGCCCCCCGCCCCCCAUUUCUCUCUAAGGCUCCAUCCAUAGCGCUACUGCACUAUGAGGGUCCUUCUUAUAUCGUGAGCUUGUGAUGUUUGGCAUCCUUGCUACACGGGCAUUUUGGGAGAACUUGGCGGGUCGCGUAUCUGUGAGUUUUGUUGGACUCAGGUGAUGAUGGGCUUAUAGUUUGCUGAGCUAGAAAGCUAUGCUUCCGUGACGGGCCUAUCUUAUGAUGCCGAGGAUCUAAGGAAGAAGCAUCUGGCGUUUGGCGUGUUUUGGUAUUGAUCGUCAUCGUGGAGUUGGACGUCCCCGCUGGUCCCCUUGCCAGAGAAGCAGAAGGCUUAUGGCACUGUUUGCUUUUCUGGAUGGGGUAUGAUGCUCAAGUGAGCCGACCUCUCGGUCCGACCUAUUGGAGUGUCAGCCGACGAAAUGAACUGCAGUAUCCUUCUUGAUAGUUUGAUUAUAAUUAUCCUACUGGUGGUUUGAUCCCGGGAUGGAUGUUUGGCGAACCUCUUUUUUUCUCUUCUCUUCUCCUCUUCCUUUCCUUCCCAUUCUCAAUCUCUCCUCGCCAAUAUCGAUUAUACCAUCCCCCCCUUUCUGACGAGUUCAACUAAGCCACCGCCGGAGGGAGACGCCUUGCAAAAGCCAUCCGGUGUUCAUAAGGUACCGGUAUUUGUGAGUGUGUCUGAGACCUAUUAUCUCCUAAGUUAGUCCUCUUGGUCAUCUGUACAAUAAAACCUCGCUCUACCACCUACCAGCCCUCUCUUUGAGCUCUCUCUCUUUCUCGAUCCUUCUGUCAUUCCGUAUAAUACUUUUAUCGGGGUUUUGUACCCCCAUCUUUUUUUUAUCCCAUAAUUUUUAUUAUUUUCUGGGCCCCCCCUCAUUUGGAGCCUUCCCAUCGCAUACAACCGUCCAUCCAACCUGCCCUCGCCCCACCGACUCGUUGGGGAAUUUGGCCAGGAAACAGUUUGGAAGAGCGUUUCUUUGAGUUUUUUUUUUUCGGUUUGGUUGAGUUGGAGGGUUUAGAGUUGUCACGAUCCAUACGGUAAGAUUUCAAGAUUGGAUUGGAUUGGUUGGUGGUUUCUUACAUUACGGGUUUCCCGAGGGGCUGCGCUGUUCCUAUUCUGGGUUUCACCCCUCAUCGGAUUUCCCCCUCCUCAAGAGUUCAGGCUUGGAUAGGCCCCUGCCCCACCAACCCUCUGAGCCCUACAGAAAAGACAAUUGACUGGUUGUCCAUUCGUCUGCUUGUCAAUAUUCGAUUCUGUUCCUGAACACACCCUGAGCCCUUCUUACUCGUCCAUCGGCUCGCCUUGGUGUUCUCUGUGCUUCCAGCCAACUGACAAAUAAGGAAGAGAAGGGGAGGAAAAAAAAAAAGAAAACUCCUCUCUUUUCUCUCCACCUUUUUUCGUGACGCCAAAACCUUAAACCCACCACCUGGAGGUCAAAUACGGAAAGAUAGAAUACUCAGUAACAGGGAGAAAUUUUUUGACCCGUCGUCGAGGGUUGUUGUAACCCCCCUCCUCUGUCGAACAGAACACCUCGCAGCCGGGAACCGCACCGCCGAUUUGAUCCAAUCGUAUCCCAAUGGCUGAGACUCCCUUCGUCCCCCAGGAGCAGCAACCUCAACCCCAACAACAACCUCUUCUCCCACAUCCGCAACCGAUGAGUACCCCUCCAGAACAACCCAACAUGUACAAUUCCGGUAGCAGCAAUCUGUCCGGAUCCAAUUCCCAGGGUCACUCUCGUCCUGGUAGUGGUCGGAGAAGUAUCUCGGCCUCGCAGCCUCUCUCUGGACAACUACCUCCGACUCAAAAUGGCAAUGCCGUGACAGGCGCUGCACCUACACCGGUCCUGCAGUCGCACGCCCAGCCUCCUGGUAUCCCAAUAGGCCCUAAUGCCCCGACUUUUGACGCUUCAAAAAGCCCCCCUAGCAGCAAGAGUACUGUUCCUGAGUGUUGUUGGUCGUUGCAGUAAAAUCUCAUCAUGGCUGAUCUUGUGAAAUAGACUUGAACCACGUGCCCUGCAAAUUUUUCAGGCAGGGGACCUGCCAGGCCGGAAAAGCUUGUCCGUUUUCCCAUAGUAUGGAUCCAACGUCAGAUCAAGCGCCCUGCAAAUAUUUUUCAAAGGUGCCUUUGGGGAUUUUUCCUGCUACGAGAGGGUCACUAAUUGGUUACAAUAGGGUAACUGCAAGUUUGGAGUCAAAUGUGCACUCGCUCAUAUCCUUCCAGACGGCCGUCGCAUAAAUCGCCCAACGUACAACAAUAACAGUCAUAGCGGCCAUCUCCAGUUCGGACGCAUGGACACUGGUCACACGAACCGCGGGUCCGCACUACAUAACUCUUUGCUCCAGGCUAAAAUGUUGCCUAAUCAUUCAUUUGGCGGUCAAGACGACUUCCCCGGUCUUACCAGUCACCCUGCUGGCCCUGACCCCAAUAUCGCUACCUCAAUGUUGGAUUCUAGAUAUGGAUCUCCGCGAGAUGAUGGCACUUUACCGAUGUCACCCCUUGCCUCGUCCCAACGAACUCUUGGACCUCUGGAUGCAACACUUCCAGCUUCCUUUGACAGGCAUGAGUAUUCAAAGUUCGCGAAAUUUGGCCCUUAUGCGUCCUCUGUCCCGAGCAAGUUUGGUUUGGACUCUCCUCCGCCAUCAUUGCCUAGUAAUACACGCCCGACAGCGCUUCAGUCUCUCUUCGAGUCUGCUUAUGGAGGGGGAGGAGGAAACGGAGAGGAGGAUGGCAAUUUGGGUGCAGAUUUGUCUCAUUCCCCUCGCGCUAAUGCAGAGGAUUUGCCGGGUCCUAGAAUAAUGCAUUCCUCACUCUCUGCUAGACGCACGAAACUUUUAUCGUCGAGCUACGCCAGACCGGAAAAUAUGGAGAGAAUGUUGGGUGAAUUUACCCGUGAGCGGUUUCCGACAGAUCCAAGCCUUGAUUAUAGCUUUUCAUUUGAGGAGGAUUUUGUUCCGAGCAGCCUUCAGGACCUUCUUACCCCGGCUGAACGCAGUAGGAGGCUUUCUAGGACAGACGAGGAGGGUGCUUCCAACUUCCAACAUAGCUUCACGGCUCCUGGCACACCCGGGGGCCCUGUGGACGCCAUUGGAUCUCCGCCUGUCGGUUCCCCCGGGGGUGCAUCUAGAUGGGGGCCUAUUGUAGUGAGAAAUAAACGUGAUGAGGAUCAUGCUCCGGCGCCCGGCGUCGGGCAUGUUGGCUCUCCUCUUAGAAACUCCUAUCAGCAAGGAGGAGAGCCAAGCCCUACCUUCCGCCCGCUCGGCAGACCAAUUUCCGGUGAUGUGUCUCCAUUCCCUGGAUCUCCAAACCGCACAAGCUCUGCCGGUAUUUCGGCACUCACCCAAACACUUCAGCGUGCCCGCCUCUCCUCUAGAAACGACCCCCACGGCUCAGGAGAAGUGCCGACCCUACCGAAAGCUCUCGGCUCCAACGGGAAGCAACUGGAGCGUGUAAUUUCUAACUCUCAAUCCAACAACGGCAAAACUGUUGCUUCCAUUGACGAGGAGUCUGACACUCAAUUCCCAAUGGAAGAAGAGGAAUACUCGACCUCGCCUCGUUUAACCAUUAACUUCGGCAGCCUUGGCGCCAUUGGGCGUGGGUCCGGUUUGGGUCUCGACGUCAGUGAGCAGCAAUGGGAAAGCUUUGGCACGGGUGGCGCAAAAAAGUUUCAUUGAACUGACAUGAUAUAGGUUUGGUGUCUACGAACAUUUUCUAUUUUUUGUUUCUUUCCUUUUUUUUUUUUAUGGAUAUCUUUCUCACCCCAAAAACAAAAAGUAACAUUGAUUUUUAUUUUUUUAUUUUUACAUCGUUUGUUUUAUUUUCUCUUCCUCCUCCGUUCCGUUCCCCCCUUGCGAGACAAAAUUCGAAUACCCUAGCAUAUUUUCCGAAAUCCUGGUAAAAUGAUAUUUUUCGUGACUGGGGAUUAUGGUGUCUAUUUCAAUAAAGUUGUUUUUUGCGUGGGAGAUUAAGGCCUUUUUAUUAUUAUUUAUUUCUCUCUUUUCCUAUUACAGAAAAAAUCGGGGCAUUUAAAAUCUUGUGUUUUUCUUCUGGAAAUGGUUGGAGUUAUUGCUUGUUUGAAUUUUUGUUUUCUCUAUUUCAGCCUGGAAACAUGUAAAUCAGUCUCUUUUGUGCUGAUACAAUGAGUGCUACCU